AUGGCGACAAUUUACCCAUCGCACUAUCUAUCUAUCUAUCUAUCUAUCUAUCUAUCUAUCUAUCUAUCUAUCUCAGCCACUUCAUAUUUAGAUAUCUCUUUAUCUCAUCUCAGCCUCUUCUAUCUAUCUAUCUAUCUAUCUAUCUAUCUCGCCUCUUCUAUCUAUCUAUCUAUCUAUCUAUCUAUCUAUCUAUCUAUCUAUCUCAGCCACUUCAUAUUUAGAUAUCUCCUCAUCUCAUCUCAGCCUCUUCUAUCUAUCUAUCUAUCUAUCUAUCUCAGCCACUUCAUAUUUAGAUAUCUCUUUAUCUCAUCUCAGCCUCUUCUAUCUAUCUAUCUAUCUAUCUAUCUAUCUAUCUAUCUAUCUAUCUAUCUAUCUAUCUCAGCCACUUCAUAUUUAGAUAUCUCUUUAUCUCAUCUCAGCCUCUUCUAUCUAUCUAUCUAUCUAUCUAUCUAUCUAUCUAUCUCAGCCACUUCAUAUUUAGAUAUCUCCUCAUCUCAUCUCAGCCUCUUCUAUCUAUCUAUCUCAGCCACUUCAUAUUUAGAUAUCUCUUUAUCUCAUCUCAGCCUCUUCUAUCUAUCUAUCUAUCUAUCUAUCUAUCUAUCUAUCUUCAACACUGCCGGAGGCAAAAUUGUUGAUGUAAUGCGAUCGCCCGUGACGUCAACAGGUUGCAGUCGUGACGUCACGCCCUAA